CGAAUUGCGCGUCAGAUGAUCUUCAUGUUAUUGAACAAACAGUUCUCACAUUAGUACAAAGGGUUCUUCUUGAUUCUGAUAGUAUACAUAUUACAAGCAAUGAAUUCUCUGAGAAUAAAAUUCCACGUAAUACAAGUGAUGAUUACAUACUCAUGAAGGAAAUCCACGCCAAACGUAUUGUAUAUGGAAUUAAGAUGAUGUUUGGUGUAGAUUUUGCAUGGGAAGUUGUUAGUGUUGAUGCAAAUGUUGGAAGAUUAGCACAACGGAUAUAUAAAGCAAAACUUGCACUUAAACCAUUCCAAAUAGCGCAUCAACACGAAUAA